AUCGAUAGUAAAGUGCACACCACUAGCUCGUUGGAACAAAAAAAAAAAAUUAGUAUAAACUAAACGUAGUAUAACCCACUAAACUAAACACUCAUUAAUGCGGAGAUUCGGGGCGAUUUGAUGUCUGCGCUAGCGCCGCCAAUUCCCUCAAUGAAGAACGCGCUCCAGCCGGACAACUACAAUGGGACUGGGACCGAGGAGGAGGCGUCGUCCGCGUUCCACGCGGAGAUUGAUCGCGUUCUCCGGAACAACAAUGGCAAUCAAGGUGGCAGCGUCAACGAGGGCGUCAGCGGGAGCGGGAGUGGCAGCGCCAGUGGUAGUGCCAGUGGAAGCGGCAGUGCCUCUGCCUCCGGAUCAGGAGGCAAUGAGUACAUGUGGCUGCCCAGCGGGAAUAAGACGCACGAGGCUGCGCAGGCGUUUGCCAACUCAUUGCUGCUGCGCAACAUGAACCAUGAGAUGGUCAAGGGGCAGGGGUCGGGACCGGGGCAGUUGGUGACCCAAAAUCACCGGAAGGUGUACCAGUGCAAAGCUGAUCCGGUCAACAUGACGUCCAAUGGCGAGGACCUGCGCCUGUCCAAGAUCAUCCGCAGGCUCAUCAACGAGACCAAUCCCACCGUGGCCCUAGAGCUCUGCGCCAAACUGGACCAGGCCGUGCGCACGCCCAUCAACAUGGGCUACAUGUCGUGCUCCUUCGUGUGGAUACUGGAAAACAUGCUCACCCUGUACAAGCAGUGCUCGCCUCCAGUUCUGGAGGAGUGCAGCAAGACCCUGGGUCUGAUUGGCUUCCUUAAUCGUAAGUCGUAUCCCCUGUACGAGGAGUUCAUUGUGAAAAACUACAGGAGCAGCAAGCGGAUGCAGAAGUACUUGAUCGUGGCCCUGCGCACCACACUGAGCUGCGACACCAAGUGCGAGCUGCAUCUGUACGCGGACAAGAUCAUGCUGUUGCUAAAGGAUUUCCUGGAGAAUGCCGAGAGCGCCGACAGUUUCACCGCCGUCAGCAAUACGCUGGUACAGUUCUCGGCCAGCUACGGAGACGCAUUCGAGUGCCAUUUCACCGACGUGGUGGACAUCGUCAUCGGCUGGCAACUGGAGGCGGGACAGCCCAGGCAGUUGAAGGCCCACUGUGCCCAGGUGCUGGAGCAGCUGACGCCGUACUUCAGCAAGCAGAUUGACUUCAGCUACGGCCUGUUGGCCCAGUUUGUGGAGGACAUUACAACGCUAGAGGAAGACGAGCCGGCAGCCACGGCAGAGCGUGUGGGAGCCUUCGCCGGCGCCUUCAACACGCUGCUCAAAUGCUUGGCCCGCAUGCAGAUAUUCGUGGGCAUGCCACCCUGCGAGUGCAUUGUCCAGAUGGCCGUGGAUCAUCUAACCAAAAUAAUGCCCCAUCUAGAGUUGCAAUCGGAUACGGAUGCCUUGGUCAAUAUCAAUGAGUUGCUCUGUAUCUGUCUGCUGAACAACUUUGGUGGACUAGAUCCGAGUACUUUGGAGCAGCUUCUGCUUUGGCAGCUUGAGCAGCUGCUUUGCCUGAGGGAGUCCCAGCGACAGAGUGUCCUGUAUUUGCUGCUCUGCACCGUGAGAAGGUUGCGGGCCCGUCUGCCACCCAGUCUGGUUCACGUGAUCUUUCAGUCCAAUCCUUAUCUGGCGGAGCUCAGGCGCCAAACGCCGGGCGGCAAUGCUUACCGGCUGCUACUGCGCACCUGCCAGGAGACUCUGCUCAUUCGGAAUGUGCCCCUGCUGCAGCAGGCGUACAAAUAUCUCGUAGACGACAUUGAUGCCUGCCUGCUGCAGCUGCUGUCGACUUCACCCGCAACGGAGGAGUCCGAGAGGAAAGCCAGCGAGGCGGGCGUGCUCCUCGUCUUCCAUCUGGCCGCUCUGUCUGCCCUGGCCAAGCAGACCUCUUCGAUCAUCGGCAUGUACGCGUGUAAGCCAUCGAUUCUGGAGCUGCUUCUUACCAACUGCAGGGCCGACGAGAUGGCGCUCUGGAGCAGUUACCCUGCCGCCCAUCAAGCAAUUCUGGGUCUGCUCGUGGUGCACUGUCAGGCGAAUCACAACUUCCGCACCAACUCCAGUUUGCUUCGUGAUCAGGAGCUGGCGGCGGAGAAUACCUCGCCUACGGCAAACAGUUUCGCCAGCAUCCUUCGCUUCCUGGACUCGGUUUUGCAACAGGCUGGCCAGCUGGCGGCCCAGAACCUGAGGAUACUGUUGCAGUGGACGCAGAUGCUCUUGAGUGAGUGCCGCGAGAAAGCUGAUCUACUCAUGGAGCAAGAUAACUUUUUGGGGAUUUGCCGCAACAUUGCGGCUACCGCCUCCAAAUGGACGCCCUUGGAAAGUGCUGCCUGUAUCCAAACGGUCUUGGACUACGGGCCAGAAAGGCUUCGUCAUCUGCCAGAGCUGCUGAUCCUGUACCGCGAUACGGCACUCCAACAGCUGCAGGUGCUCUCCACGAAUGGCCAUGGGCCCUAUGCCCAGAUCUACGCCCAGUUGCCAUUGCAUCUCACGCUCACCGGUGGUGAAUCACCCAUAUCAGGGAUGACCAGUAGACGUGUUUGCGUUUGGCAGCAGCGAAUGAGUCAGUGCAGUGCGGUGCGCGACACCGUCUUCCGAGAUUUCUUCGAACGGUUGCAGAAACCAGAGCAGGAUUCGCUGAUCCACAACCUGCGGGAGCUCUUUGUGCGCAGCUGCCAAGUGGGACCGCAGGAUGAGCGGCACGAAAAGCUGGCGCAGUGCACAAAGCGCUGCCAGAGAUUGGCCACCGCCUGGCUGCAGUUCGAGGCGGCCAGAUACUGUGUGGAUCAGCGACUCCGCACGACGCUGGGGAAGCCGCAGGAAACGUUCCUGGGAUUCGAGGCCAUCAUCAUGCGGCACGCCAGACUGCUGAGUGGCUGUGCCAAGGAGAUGGAGCGCUCAGCCCUGGACACCCUGUCGUUGGAGCAGCUCUUGAGCAUGCAGGGAAAUCUGAGUCUGCUGCUGGGUUUUCUCGAUGCGCUGGAGAAGCUUAUCUACAACGCCGCCGAGGGCAGCGCCUUUGCUCUGCGUCCGCCGGAGAAACCAGUGGCGGCCUUCUUCCGCUUGAAUAAUCCCACCUGUCAGUCCUGGUUUAAUCGCAUCCGCAUUGGCGUGGUCAUUAUCGCCAUGCAUGUGCAGCAGCCGGAACUGGUUAUACGUUAUGCCCAGCAAAUUCUGCACACCCAGAAGGCACAAGAUGCCACUUAUAGCCAGGCUAUCGUUUAUAUGGCCUGGGCCUGGGUCAGCUGCCAAGAGGCGGACUCCCUGCGAGGUCUGUGCCUGUGGGCUCGUUCCAGGAGCAGUAAGUCCUACCAGUGGCUAUUGUGUGCGGCGGAUCAGGCGGCCGGGAAACGGGAAUCGGCACUUGCCGGCUACAGGAGUGUUCUGGCCGAGGAGGAGCAUCAGCCCGAACUAGAGCCGCACACGCGACAGUUUGUCCUGGCCCAGAUGAUGCAGUGCAUGCAGGACAUGGGCCAAUGGUCGCAGCUGGUGGAACUGAAGCAGCAGCAACUCACGCGGCCCGAGGACCGAGAACUGAAUCCCUUCCUGCAACGCAGCAAUGUUGAGGUGAAUGCUCUGGAACGGCUGCUGGCCAGGGCAGAGGAAACAUACUCCUCCAUGGACGAAUUCGGAGGAGCUCUGCAGCAGUUGAGCCUGUGGCCAAGUAACUGGGAGGAGUCUGGAUCAGUGAGUGCCCUGGGCGGACGUGCCAGCUUCUCAUCCGCCCAUGUUCGCCAACGUACGGAGGAUAUUGUACUGUCAAAGCUGAUGGACGAACGUUGCGUGACGGAUCAGGCGAGGAAUCUACUUGACAACCAGUGGCGAGACAGCCUGCUGAACCCCAGUUUCGAUCAACGAUCUUGCAGAGAGCUGACUCUGUUGCGACAUAUAGUGCAGGGUGUCAGUAGCGGUCAGGAGUUGUCCCUGCUUCCGCUUUCCGCUGAGCGAUGCCAAAGCCGCUCCAAUCCCAUCUCCAGUGCCAUUUUGAUGCGCUGCCUGGCGUGGACGCAGUUGCUCCGUCAGCAUUGCGCACCCGGCAGUUGGGAAACCCUCUGCUUGGACGCAGCUGCCGCAGCGCGAGAGGAGGGAAAUCUUCAGCUUUCGGAUACUCUGCUGACACAGUUCUUUGGUCAGCCGCUGGAUGAGAUAGUCGGACAGUUUUCACAGGAGGAAGGAGUGCAUGCGGACAAUCCGGAGUUGCUUCGCGGUUACAGUGAGGUGGUCAAGUGCCUGCAUCUCCAGCAGCAGCAACAGCAGACGCAGUGCUGCGAUCUAAGCUCAUCGAUUGAUGUGUGCGCUUCCCUCUGCCUGAAUACUCAGAGGAGCAGCCACCAGCCGGCCAUGGGUGCGGAUCUCCUGCUCACCCUCUCCGACUGGAUAGCCGCCAGGACGUGCAAUGGUUUGGUAACCAAUCAGUCGCCGGCUCUGAUCCAACUGCUGGACCAGCUGCCCGAGUGUCCGCUUACCUGUGGCCCCAGCCAGCCGCUGGCCAUCCCUCAAGCGGAGCGUCUGGUUGCCCGCCUUGUGCAUGCCAGCCUAAAGCAGCGUCCCAACUGCGAGGAGGCACUGAUUGCCUACGGCAACUGGUGCUAUCGCUGGGGUAAGAAAAUCGUGGACAGCGGCUGUGUGCUUAGCCAGGCGGAUGUGACGGCCCUCAGCCAGGCAUUGGACAUUUCCCAGCCGUUGGACAAUGAGCAACUGGGUGAGCUUCUGCAGGCGUUGAGCAUGGAACAGCCGCCGGCAAACUGUGUAGAGGUGUGUCCGGAGGCGGCGCGUGCCCGUGAUGAUGAGGCGGCCAAGAACUGUCUGCGCCGGCUGAGUUUGCUGGCCGAUAAGCCGCCUGAAGUGCUGGAUGCCAUCUUGCUGAUUUGGCGACGGGCCAUAGCCAACACAUAUGACUACUACAAGGAUGCGGCACGCUCGUACUUCCAGUACCUCAGCUUGAAGGCGGGUUCCGGUCCGGAAAAGUCAAGCGUAGAUGGAGCCGUACAGCAGCGGGAACGUUUCCAUGUGGACGACAGCAAUAUGGUCACGACAACGCUGCGACUGCUCCGCUUGAUUGUAAAGCAUGCCAGCGGGUUGCAGGAGGUUUUAGAGCAGGGACUGCACACCACUCCCAUCGCUCCCUGGAAGGUGAUCAUUCCGCAGCUAUUCAGCCGUCUGAAUCACCACGAACCGUAUGUGAGGAAGAGCGUUUGCGACCUGCUUUGCCGCCUGGCCGAGAGUCGUCCCCAGCUGGUGAUCUUCCCGGCAGUCGUGGGUGCCAAUAGGGAGCAACAAGAUGCAGCCGCGCCGCCGGCAAACACACCACCGACUACAGAGGAUGCCUGCUGCUAUGGCUAUUUGCUGGGAGAACUCUCGAAGCAGGCGCCGGAGGCAGUGCAGCACGUGCAACUGAUGGUGAAGGAGCUGCGCCGCGUGUGCUUGCUGUGGGACGAGUACUGGAUCCACUCGCUGGCCCACAUCUACAACACGUACGUCAGUCGGGUGAGUGCGCUGGCAACGGAGUUUCGUGCGGACGAUCACGAGGGCAAGAACAAUCGCUUCAAUGUCUGGCGGCCGCAAUUGCUGGCGGAUCUGGAGGCCCUGGCCGCCCUCACCGCUCGUCCGGCGGAGACUAGCUACGAGCGAAGUUUCCGAAAGCGAUUUGACGGCCCCAUACGUUCCACUGUGGAGGCAUUGCGCACUCGUCGCUAUCCAGAGGCGUGGGACAAGCUGAAGCAGCUCUACCACAUUCUUCAGGCUAACAUGAUCAGGGGCACCGGCAGCACGCUCAAGAUGCAGAGCCUCAGCCCGGUGCUGUGUGGCAUUGGACGGAUGCGAAUCUCCAUGCCCGGUCUGGAUGCCCACGGGCCGGAUGAAGAUCAGGUCUACAUUGAGAGCGUCGAGGGAUCGGUGUGCGUGCUGCCUACCAAGACGAAACCCAAAAAGGUGGCCUUCUACGGCAGCAAUGGCCAGCGCUACACCUUCCUGUUCAAGGGCAUGGAGGAUCUCCAUCUGGACGAGCGCAUUAUGCAGUUUCUGUCCAUCUCGAAUGCCAUCAUGGCCUGCCGAAGUGAUGCGCCCGGCAACGGAUGCUAUCGUGCCCACCACUACUCGGUGAUCCCGCUGGGUCCGCAAUCCGGACUGAUUAGCUGGGUUGACGGAGUCACCCCGCUCUUCGCGCUCUACAAGAAGUGGCAGCAACGACAGCCGCAGGUUACGAGCAAAACUGGAGCCGGUGGUGGUGCCAAUGCCACGCGACGUUUUACGGAUUUGUUCUAUAGCAAACUCACCCCACUACUGGCCAAGCACAAUCUGCAGGUUAGCGAUCCUCGCCGCCAGUGGCCCAUCUCCGCCCUACGCCAGGUGCUUGCCGAAUUGUCCCAGGAAACGCCCGGAGAUCUGCUCGCCCGGGAGCUGUGGUGCCAGGCGGGAAACGCCGCCGAGUGGCGACUAUCGGUUCGUCGGUAUGCCCGCUGCAUGUCGGUCAUGUCGAUGAUUGGCUAUGUGAUUGGACUGGGCGAUCGGCAUUUGGACAACGUGCUCAUCAACCUGGGAAGCGGCGAUAUCGUGCACAUCGACUACAACGUUUGCUUCGAGAAGGGACGCACACUGCGCAUCCCCGAGAAGGUGCCCUUCCGUCUCACCCAGAAUCUGGUGCACGCCCUGGGGAUCACCGGAAUCGAGGGCUCCUUCCGGUUGGGCUGUGAAUACGUGCUGAAGGUGAUGCGCAAGGAGCGCGAGACUCUGCUCACCCUGCUGGAGGCCUUCGUCUACGAUCCUCUGGUGGACUGGACUAUAAACGACGAUGCCCAGGCCCUGCGUCGAUCCCUGAAUGCCAAGCACCAGCAGCAGGCAGCAGGAGGAGGAGGAGGAGCAUGUGGUCCGGGUGGCGGAGAUCUCAAGUGCCACAAGAAGGACAAGAACAAGGGAAAGCCACACGAUUGGGAUGCCAAGCGACAGCACUUCCUGAGCAAACUGGGUCUGCUGCAGAAGUUCUGGGUCACCAACAAAACAGACAUGAUGCUGCAGUUGCAGGAGAUGCAGCAGGAGGUGGGCAACCUGCAGGAGGCACAGGACAAACAGCUAGUGGCCGAGCAGGAGCUCGUGGAGCUCAACCAGCGCAGUGCUCUCAUCGCGGAGAUCAAGUCGCUGGGCACGGCGAUCGAGAGCCACAGCUUCAACACGGCCUCACUGCGUCAUGCAGUGCGCCGUGGUCACUCGGAGGCCCUGGCCUCGCUCAGUGCCGAGCGAAUGGCGGAUUUUGGCCUGGUGCAGUGCCUCCUGAGCACCUACGGCCAGUGCCUGCAGCCGUAUCACCUGACCGAACUGCACUCCCAGCUUGUCCAGCUGCAAAUGGAGUCGGAUGGCGAGAAUGCCAGGGAGUUUGCUGCUCUGGCGGAGGCUCUACAGCUAUCCGGAUUCGACAGCAUGCGCAGUCAGCUGGAUGAGCUACUGGGCCGGCUGGACGAGCUGGCGCUGCAGAGCUCGGAGCAUCUGCAGCAGUAUGCGGCGGUCAUGAACUUCUUUCCGGAGCAGAGCCACCGCCAGAAUCUGUUUGUUCGCUUCCACGACAGCUAUGCAGCGUACAUUCAGCACGGAGGCUCCGGCAGCAACAACAGCAACUCGUCAUCCAGUUCGAUUAUCUGCACGGCGGAUGUCCUCGGCGUUGCGGAUGCCUUGGAGGCCGCUUGGGUGCGGCUCAGUUGCCAAUUGCAUGAGUCCUCGCAGCGCUACGCCGCCAAGCAGUCACAGGCUCUGGCCCUGGGUGCACCCACUCCUGCUCUGCUGGCCAUGAUUGGCCAGAGUGGCUGCAGCCUGCUGCUGCUGAAGACCAGCCUAGUUCGCACUUUGGAUCGGGCUGGCGCAGCAUUCGCCGCCUACGAGCAGGUGGCACUAGCUAGCCAGGAUGAGGGACUGCUGCAGCAUCAGCUGCACUUCAUCCACCUGGUGCGCUCCAUGUGCCAAGGCGUUCUGGCGAUGACCGAGCAGGAGGAUCUGCACUUAAAUCAAAUGGAGAGCCUUCUGUCGGCGCUGUCGCAUCUAAAGCAGAUCUUUGAGUACGAUCUGCCAGCCAGUAUAUAUCGGUUGCUCCUACUGCAACCCAAUCUUGGCCAACUGAGUGCAUUGUGCCAUCUCAGUGCCGCCAGUCUGGGACAGCUGUAUCUGGAGGCCACGCUCGAGAAGGAUCAGCAGCCGGACGAGUUUCCAGCGGAGCGCAGAUUUCUACUAACUCUGCAGCCCGCCUACGAACAGUUCCAGAUGGCCUCCAACGCGUUGGGUUCGCUAGUAAGAGGCGUAAAGAUGAUGCUCGAGGAUGUCCACGAUCCGUUAAUGGAGCUGGGUCUUUUUAAGUCCUGCCAAUUGGAGCUGGACGACGAGUGCUUUUUCAGCCUGGUCAGUGAGGCAUUAGAAUCCAGCCGAAGCUGUGAUGUGCGCGAAAUGGCACGCCCCGUUGUGGCGCUCGUCCGACGCCUCCAGGCGGAGAGUUUGGCGGGUCUGCUGCCGCUCUUGGCGCGCAACUUCUACACCGCCGUCGGCCCGCAAUGCCGACCCACGGCCAACUGUGGAGUGCUGGGGGAUCCGGCCCAAGCGGAUCACCUGUGCGAGGGUCUGUUCGUCUCCCUGCAAUCGGACGGAGGCCUGCAGCAGCAGCAAGCGGAAAUAUCGCUGCUCAACCAGCAACUGGAGCUACACACCCUGGCCGCCUCCGCCCAGUAUUGGGCCUAUUCGGAUGCACUGGGCGCUCAGUUGCGCUGUGGCAACCACAUCGUCAACCGCCCCAAACUGGCCGCCUUCAUUGGCGAAAGUUGGCAGGAGUUGGACCAGAAUCUGAGGGCCCUGCAGCAAUUGCAAAGCGGCCUGGAAUCGCAACUGAGCCAACUGCAGACGCAGCGGAGUAACUGGAAUCGCAAUCACAUAGACAACCUGUUGCGCACUAAGCAGUGCCACAACCAGCGCAUGAUGGCCCAUAUUUCGGUGGUGCGACAGCUGGCGGAUGCAGCAAGAGCCGUGUCCCGCCUGGAACAGCAUGCCGGAGCUCUCGGCGAGGAGGGGCAGGCACAUGUGGAGCAUUUGGAGCAAUGGCUAGCCUCCCAUGGACAAUGGCAGGCGAGCAGCUCGAGGAUUAGCGCCGUGGAGCAGGCCAUCGUUGAACUAUUGGAUCCCGAAGGCGCCAUUGAUUCCUACUGGCUGGAGAAUGUGCACGGGCUGCUGGAGGAGCAUACCUGCAAAGUGCAGCGGGAGAUUGCGGCACUGGAGGGCGAGCAGCAGAGCAAGCAUCGUUUCAUUUGCACCCUGCUCAAGGAGACUCUGCGCCUUCAGGAGAACAUGCCGCGCUUCCAUGUGCGCAGCCUGUGCUCCGAGGCCCAGGCGCAGGGCCAGGGUAAACUGGUGCCCGCGGAUGUGCAGCUGCUUUGCGGCCACCUACGCGACUGCCAGCGCCUGGUGCAGGGCCUCUUCCUGCGGCUGCAGGAGCUGCGCAAGGAUCUCUGCGCCGAGCGACGCGUACUGCAGCCGACUGUGCUGCAAAACUGGCAACAGCAGCUGCAGCUGAUCCUGGCGAUGGCCAACCAGGAGGUCGACGAGUUCUACAAGAGCUUGGAUGACUUUCUGCAGCACGCAGGCGAAACCGACUCCUACGAAACCUUUACGCACACCAAAGGUGGCAGUAAUCUGCACGAGCAGAAGCGCAAUGCGUACGGCGUGUCCGUGUGGAAGAAAAUCCGAAUGAAGCUGGAGGGUCGGGACCCGGAUGGCAACCAGCGCAGCACCGUCGCCGAGCAAGUGGACUAUGCCAUUCGCGAGGCCACCAAUCUGGACAACCUGGCCGUCCUCUACGAGGGCUGGACGCCGUGGGUCUAAUUCUCCACACUGGUCGGCCGCAUUUUUGGGCUUUUGACAUCACCACGCAUCACAACACUCGGAGCGGAGAGACUACAUUCAACAUUGGGGCUAACUCUGGACCGGAUCCGACCUACGGAUCGGAUCUCAGGAUCUCCUCCGGACUAUAAGCGGUCGCAGCCUGACGGCAGACGACUCCCCAAAGGCCGUGGCAGAACCAAUUUGGCCGUCGCCACAUCUCAACCAAGUGUAGUUGCUUAAAAACGAUAGGAAACGAAACGACAAACAGACGCGGAGUGCAGUGGCUCGGGAACCGGCGGACUGGCCGAACGGAUCUCGUGCCCUCUUGGAUCGCAUCCAGCAUUCCGAGUGGACAUAAAGAGUAGCUGGCCGGAUGCCCCGGUUCAGCAGCAGGACCUCAGUAGCAGCUCAUAUGUAUGUAGCUCCCGAUAAAUAUGAUCUGGGGAUAACGACCUUACAUCGGAUUCGCUAUUUUCAAGGUUUCACAUUCGCAAUUUACGUUAUCCGGUCUCCGCCUUUUGGAAUACUGUUGUGCGAUUUUUAUAUUCGAUUCGAUUAUACUAUAUAUAUUUACGCCGUGCCGGAUCUGUUUUAGUUAUAUGUUAAGCCAAUCUUAGUUUUUUUUCCCCCACAUAAGUGCAAAAUUGUUGUGUAAGCCGAUGAUUAAAUUGUGUUACCAAAUUAUCCGUAGCCAUAUUAAAACUAUAUAUACACACGCCCCUAUAUAAUCGAGAUGCCCCUUUAUAGCCGAUGUGGUGGGCUUGAUCGAUAUCAACGCCCCCCGUUAUCGUUUUAGUUAUUUCAAUAAACGCAAUGCUGAAUAUAAAA